CUGCCAUCAACUUCGUCGCAGUCUCGUUGUCGAUGCGGAUCCUCAUCUGUGAGACCUGACUCGCUUGCUGAGAUGUGCUUUUGAUUUAUUCUUUGCGCACCAUGGUUGACAAGGCUACCUGGCCUGUUUGCCAUUCAAAGCCUCUACAGACCCACCCGCAUGACCAGACAAUGUCGGCUGAGACAAUCCUUCCCAUGUGUCUUGCGAUCAGCAACAAAGCAGUCGACCACACGGUAAUAUCAUCAGCAUACCAUCUAUCAUGACAUAUGCUGUUGGUGCAUGACAUUUAUCGAUGGCAGGCAAACAGUCAUUCACUGUUUUGAAAAUCAUCCAUGCGCUCUUCCGCCCAUCUUUGUACUGUUUCUUUUCACGUUUGGCAACAAUGUUCUACUCAGGCCAGGUGCUCCAUAUUUUACAAACAAGGUGGCAGAAUGAUAAGUAUUCUUUUCGAUUUUACAUUUAUGUCUCUGUCCCUGCCAUCUAGGACAAUUUGGGCAGCAUUGCUUCUGACCUUCCCUCAAGCAUUGUUAUUUGCAGAUUUUACAAAGAUCACAUCACACAUCCUUUGGUCUGUCAAGGCUGUAGCAGAUAUGUUUCUCAGACUCACCAACAUUGCUUUGAUGCGAGCACCCCCAUACGAGGAGGGUUACACAUAUGUGCAGCGGCUCGCAACGGGCAAAUUGUGUUUCGUGCGCAAACGUACACGUUCCAAUAAGCCGAAGCCAAAAAAAUGCAUCGAAGUCUGCGAGGAAAGACCGCAAUACGGCUCCUCUGCCACAAGCCAUCAUGCCCACAGACACGACUCUACACAUGGGCACAUUAUCUGUCACGAUCGCGGACCUAGUGACGAGAGCUGUGCAACUGUCAAUGUCUACACCGAAGGCCCAAUACAUAUUUACGGGCAUACAGGGGAAACGACCAAGACUUGUCAACCACAAGGUCCAAUAUGGGAGACACGAGAACCAAAGGUGAAGAAUGGCUUUUGGUUCGAGCGCAAAGGUGUACCUGUGCGAGUGGUUCGAGUGGGCAAGUCGCAAGAGGAAAGGAUAUGUGUUUCUCCCAGUCAACCAAAGGCGCGAUGCGAAACAUCAGGAUCAGACCGUGUAUGGUGUUCAAAACAAGGCGACUAUUCCAAUGGUGUGGAAGAAGACAAAGCAGUAUGGGAUCCUGUCUUACGGGCUUGGGUCGUGAAACGAGCACCACGAGUUCAGUUUUCUGGCUCUGAAGCAGGAUGCCCCUGAGACCUUGGAAAGGUGGAUGGGAAGAUCUUAUACAACAACUCUGGAGGGGAAAAAACACGACUCCCUGCAUCAUUUGUCGUGUUUCUAGCAGACAUGUUUCAUUUUCAAAGCAUCGGUCCCCUCCACCUUUCACAAUCGUCAUGAUGUCUCAGCCUCUCAGAAACCCAUCAACGAUGUCCCAGAACUUGUUCUCUUGCUCAACCCAAGGGAAAUGCCCACAAUCCUCCAAAACGAUCAAGUUGCUCCCCUUGACACCGUGGGCUACUGUUUCUGCAACCUCUACACCACAAGUCCGAUCCUGUCUACCAACCACGACCAAAGUCUUAGCCGUCACUCUUCCCAACUCGGCAAGCUGAUCCCACUUGCCACCCUCGGUCUGAUCUGCGGCAUAAUACGCCCCGUACGUCGACAGCUUCGGCAAGGCCGUCCAUGCCUUUUCAAACGCCUCUGGACCUCCAUUCUGCGGAUGCGCAAAGUACAAGUGCAUCAUUUUGAGGACGAACGUGCGGAAUUCAGCGUCGUUGGUCACGCUCAUGGACGAGAAGAUCUUUCCGACUUUGGCGAAGAAAGAUUGGUCCUUGCGCGUGUAUCCCAGCAGGUCCGUCUCGAUGAGCACCAACCGAUCCACGUGCUGGGGAUACGCGAUUGCGUACCCGAGCACCACGACUCCACCGGCGGAGUGGCCUGCCAAACUCACCUUCUCGAGGCCGAGGUGGACGCGAAGAGCCUCGAGAUCUUGCACGAUGUGUCUGGUAGACAUGGCGGAAGGGUCUGUAGGCGUGUCCGAAGAGUCAUUUCCGCGUGGUGAAGGGACGAUCAAUGUGAAGCGUGAAGAUAGUCUGCCAAAGGUCGAGACGUACAUGUCUGCACCAACGCCCCAGGGAGGGGGGUGGACGAUUAGGGGUGGGAGAGAUGAUGGAGAGUCGCUCUGGACAUUGUAGUGGAUUUUCAAAUCGUUGAUGAUGACAGUGUGGGCGCCUGGUGACAAGAGGGAAGAGGACGAUGACAUUUUGGCUUCUCUUUUCUGGCUUGUCUAUUCUAGCUUUCUUACUUGUUGUCUAUCCUUGAAUGUUAUUUGUUUUUGGAUCCGGUAGGCUUCUUGGUGAGCG